AUGAAAUUAUCAAAACCUUGUAUUUUUGCGGCUUCUUUUUUCCUCUUGAUUAUUUGCAGCUAUUGUAGUACCCCAGACAAAAUCAUUUCCUCCCAUGAAAUUGAAAAGCAAUCACUUUUAAGCUUCAAACAAUCUUUGCUUGAUCCUUUGAAUAAGCUCUCUUCUUGGAACGCCCGAGUGGAUUGUUGCAUGUGGGAAGGUGUAAUCUGCAACAAUUUAACUGGUAAUGUUGUAGAACUUCAUUUAAGUCAUUGCGGUCUUGCCAAUUCUGAACCUCCUCUGUUUGAUGUUAAUAUUAUCCUUACUAAUUUAGCCACUCUUGAUCUCUCCUCCAACUCUUUAACCGUCGUCCCAAAAUGGAUUUUCCAACUCAGCAGCCUAAUUUUUCUUGACCUGAGUAACAACUCGUUCGAAGGUCCAAUUCCAACGCUUGCCAACUGCGAAAAACUCCAGCACGUUGAUCUCCAUAAUAAUCACUUCAAUUCCACAAUUCCAGAUUGGCUCUACUCGUGCGAAAACCUCAAGUACGUAAAUUUGGGAAGAAAUAAUCUACAAGGGAAUAUUUCAAACGCCAUAGCAAAUUUAACCUCUCUUACCACCCUUGAUUUGUCGUCUAACGAACUUUCGGGGGAAAUUCCCAAAGAGAUUGCUAGCCUAUGCAAGAUUAAAGUUUUAAGCUUCAUCGAUAAUAGGUUGCAAGGAAAUGUUUCUUUUGUACUUUCGAAUAUGUCGGAAUGCUUCUUAAGCAGUGUGGAGUACCUAGAUUUGAGUCUGAAUCAACUUUCCGGACUUAUUACCCCUCAAAUUGGAGAAUUCAAGAGUCUGCAUACUCUGUACCUCAACGCAAACUCAUUAUCGGGCAUAAUUCCAAGCAAUAUAGGAAACUUAUCUUCCCUUGAAUAUUUAGACCUCGGUGCUAAUAGUUUGAGUGGGGAUCUCCCUGAGAGCAUCGGCCAACUUCUCAACCUGAAAGAACUUUAUUACAGUGACAACAAGCUUGAAGGGAUUGUGAGCGAGACCCACUUUGCCCGGCUCUCGAAAUUGACAGUUUUAUCUGCCUCUCGAAACCGCUUGACUUGGAAAGUAAGUAGCCUGAAUUCCUCUUCACAGUUCAAUCUAGAGGCACUCCAACUGGGCUCCUGGAAUGUGGUGUUGGGCUCCCAAAUUUUCUCAUGGCUUGAGACACAGAGGAAGAGUAUAAGUGUGCUUGAUUUAUCUUGCACUGGAAUCUCAGGCUAUGUUCCGAGCUGGGUUUGGAGUAUCCAUUCUCUCAACCUCUCGCAUAACCAAUUGCAAGGCGAGAUUCCAGUUAUAGAUAGCCGCAAACGCGGCAUUUCUUAUCCAGGAUUGAUAUAUUUAAGUUCCAACAAUUUCAGCGGCCCAUUGCCUCGUCUAGGAAAAUUGGUGGCAGAGCUAGAUCUCUCAAACAACUCGUUUUCAGGAGGAUUGUCCGAUUUUCUUUGUGACAUCUCAAAUCAAACGUAUGGACUGAAGGUUCUUCAUCUAGGGGGAAAUCGCUUGAGCGGACAAGUACCCAAUUGUUGGAGGAAUUGGCCAUUACUCCAAGUCUUGAACCUUUGCAAUAACAGCUUGUCAGGAAGAAUUCCAAGCUCCAUAGGAUAUCUUGCAAACUUACUGUCGUUGAAUCUUUGCAGAAACAAGUUUUCUGGCCACAUACCUUUCUCGAUUCAAAACUGCACGCAGUUACUGAAGAUUGACAUUGCGGAUAACGAUCUCGAUGGGAACAUACGAACAUGGGAUUGGACGAGCCUCAUGCGAUUGAAGUUUCUCAUUUUACAAUCAAACAAGUUGAGCGGCGAAAUAAAUCCAACCAUUUGCCAGCUCAGCUCUCUUCAAAUCUUGGAUCUCUCAAACAAUAGUUUCUCGGGUGUAAUACCCAUGUGCAUCGACAAUUUCACUGCAAUGGCUACAAAAAGAGGCCUCGAAAAAUAUGUCUACGGCUUUGCAAUUUUAGAGAGCGCGUCGAUUGGCACAAAGGGAAGCAGCCUCCAAUACGACACCUUUCUCUCAUUGGUCAGUGGUAUCGACCUUUCGGGAAACAAUUUGUCUGGCAAUAUCCCAAAUGAGAUAACAAGUCUAGUUGAGUUGAAGUCACUAAAUCUAUCAGGUAAUCAUUUAACAGGGACGAUCCCAGACAACAUUGGAAACCUGAAGCAACUCGAGUCACUCGAUUUCUCGAGGAACUCUCUGGCUGGUGAAAUUCCUAGUAGCUUCAAAUAUAUGUCUUCAUUGUCAUAUUUGAAUUUGUCUUGCAAUAACUUGACUGGGAGAAUACCAGAAAGCACCCAGCUUCAGGGCUUCAAUGAGUCGAGCUUCAAUGUGAACAACCUUUGUGGGCCACCACUAAAAGUCUCUUGCAGCAAUGAAGAUAAAGUCCCUGGAGCUGAGGAUCAAGACGAAGAAGGUGAAAUUGAAUGGCUUUAUAUAUUCUUAUCUUUAGGAUACUCUGUGGGCCUUUCAGCAGUCCUCACAGCAUUCUUCUUGAAGAAGUCAUGGUGGGAAGUGUACUGCAAGUCGUUACAGAUUGUGUGGGACAGUGUUUAUGUGUUUUCAGUUGUCAAAUGGAGAAUGCUCACAAGAGAGGUGGGUCGAAAUUAA